AUGGUUCUCUUUUUUUAUAAUCAUAAAGAUCGUCGUUAUUGUAAACGUGAUUAUCCUCCUGAAAAUUUUAUUCUUCAAAAAUGUUUUAAAAGUUCAAUAUGGAGAAUAGCAUCUGAUCGAAAAAAUUCAUAUCCAGCUCCAUUUUCACAAUUAUUAGCUGAAAUUUAUAUUUUAGCAACAACUGAUCAAGCUGCAGCAAAUCUUAAACGAUCAUUUCUUGGUUUUGAUAUUAGUAAAAAAUAUCAAAAUAUGUUUCAAAAACGAUUAACUAAUUCAAAUGCUCAAGUCAAUCUUUGGAAACAAAUGUUUGUCGUAGAAAAAAUUCUUGAUCGACGAAUUCGAAAUGAUAGUGUUGAAUAUUUAUUAAAAUGGAAACGUUUUGGUCGUGAUCAAAAUACUUCACGUAUAUACAAAAGAAAAGUUAUUUCAUCGACUGAAGAAGAACGUGAUGAAAGACCAGCCAAACGCAUAGCUAAUAUAAAAUUAUCAUCGAAAAAAAAAAGUGUACCUGAUUCAUCUGAUGAUGAAGAUUAUUAG